GAGAGAGAGAGAGAGAGAGAGAGGCAGACAGAGAGACAGACAGAAACAGAGACAGACAUAGACAGAAAGAGAAAGAAAACCAGGGGGGAUGACUCCCCAUUCUCAGGACUGACUGUUUCUGUCUGAAGGAAAUGCAGGGACAAAAAUGGAGCAAAGAUUUAAGGAAAGGCCAUCCAGUAACUGGCCCAACUUGGGAUCCAUCUCAUGGACAUAGACUUCUGGGUUACCAAGCUGUGCUGGCCACCUUAAAGAUAGUCAGCGAAUUCUACCUGAAGUACUAAGGGACACUGCCUUCUAAAGGGCAUACUAUCCCAGCAUGGGCAUGAGCAGCCUGAAAUUGCUGAAAUAUGUUCUGUUUUUCUUUAACUUGCUUUUUUGGAUCUGUGGCUGUUGCAUUUUGGGCUUUGGGAUCCACUUCCUGGUCCAAAAUACCUAUGGAGUACUCUUCCGUAACCUCCCCUUCCUGACCCUUGGCAAUGUUCUGGUCAUUGUGGGCUCCGUUAUCAUGGUAGUUGCCUUCCUGGGUUGCAUGGGCUCAAUCAAGGAGAAUAAGUGCCUGCUUAUGUCGUUCUUUGUUCUGCUGCUGAUUAUUCUGCUUGCUGAGGUGACCUUAGCCAUCCUGCUCUUUGUGUAUGAACAAAAGCUCAGCACCUUAGUGGCUGAGGGUCUGAAUGACAGUAUCCAACAUUAUCACUCUGACAACAGCACCAUGAUGGCAUGGGACUUCAUCCAGUCACAACUGCAGUGUUGCGGUGUAAAUGGCUCAAGUGAUUGGACCAGUGGUCCACCAUCUUCCUGCCCAUCAGGUGCAGAUAUUCAGGGUUGUUAUAAUAAAGCACAAUCGUGGUUUCACUCCAAUUUCUUGUAUAUUGGAAUCGUUACCAUCUGUGUAUGUGUGAUACAGGUGCUGGGGAUGUCCUUUGCACUGACACUGAACUGCCAGAUUGACAAAACCAGCCAGGCUUUAGGGCUGUGACUUGCACCUACCCCCUGCUUAAGUGAUUUACUUCUCUCUAGAAAGUCAAAGCACCCAUUCCAUGAGGACUUAAACAAUUACCUGCCUGCCUGGCAUUUUAGCUUCCUCUUAUUCCUUCUUUGACUGGAUCUCUGUCUUACACACAUCCAGGGAAGAGAAUAUUUGUCGUGGACUUCCCAUAUCAAGCAGAAGACAAAUAUUAACCAACUGAUAGCAAUAACCAUAUCCCUUAAAGAUGGUGAAACAUGCCUGGGUGGUUUCUUUUAGGAAACACUGUUGCACUGGUGGUUUGAAUACACUGCUAGCUGCAGGUGUGGAUAUAUCUCAUAUAUGGCCUGGUGCAUGAGUGUCCUUGAGUUUAGUCCCAAAUACUACAAAAAAGAGGUGCGGGUUGAAUGAAAUGUUAGACUCUUAACAAUUGCCAAAUCAAUCUCUAGCCCCUAAAUCUUGCUACUUUCACUCUACAAAGUCACAUAAGAUGUAAGCUGAAAGAAAAUUUCAAGUCCCACUUAUUAGAUAAUUGACAUACCCAGUUUCCUUUUGAACACAGUCCUUGGUAAUAGGAAUCAUACAGAGAUUUUUUUUAUCUCUGGAAAAUAUUCCUAUUUCUUUGUUAAAAUGUCUUAUUGAUUUUUCCCAUCCAUCCAUCCAUCCAUAAAAGAUUAAUAAUUCCAAUCCUAUCAUUACAUGACCAUAAAAAUCCUUGAACUACAUGACCAUAGAACAACCCAGAAGUACUAUCAUCUCCAGUGUGUUAGGGGAUAAUUAUAUCCAUUUUUACGUUGUUAUUUCUCUAUUAAAUAAGGUUCUGUUAAUGUAUCAUUUUUAACCUGUUAAUAAAUAAGAUAGUUUAUAAUCACUAUUCAUCAAA